AUGCUUCGAUUCUGGAAACGUCAAGGAUGGUUUAGGCUCCAUGGUACAGACCUUGUUGGAGACUUUGGUGGGGACGAUAGAGACAGAAUACUUCCCCGUGCUACUGUUAUCGUUGAGAAAGAAUUGUCUUUUUCUCAAGCCGAUGUGGGAUUGCGAUCACAGGAAUGGCUUGCUACCGAGGACCAAGGACGAUUCAUGAGCUUUGGGAUUGGUGGUGCUGGCAAUAUUAGAAGGCUAAUGCUUGGCUUCAAUUCACUAGGGUUUGCCUUCGAAAUGGACACUACUUCCAAUGCUGAUGAGCCGCCGCCAUUGACGUCAGAUUGCCAAGUAAUACCUACAGCCUUACUCUUUCGGCCACUUGUGUACGAUGAUACGAAUAUAUGA